AUGCCUUUUGACCUUAAUACAAUCUCCCUGACGUUCCACAAGUUUUGUGUUGCGAUAUUUAAAUGUUCCCAUUUUUCAAGGAUUCACUUAUUCAUUUACAAGAAAGCAACAAUUGGAGCAUCACUCUGGUAUAUUCAGUUCAGGGGAUCAUUUUUAGAAGCUCAGUCUUCGUGGCCCUACCGCUCCCUGGGGGCUUCUCAUCUUUUCAGUUUCGAAGCCGGUGGCGUCGCGGCCGCCCUGCCGGACAGUCUGAGGAUUGUGGGAGUGAAGCCGGUCGGGAUCGACCCGGAUUUCCAGCCGGAGCUGAGCUGCGCGGGCUCCCGCCUCGCCGUGGUCAAGUUCACCAUGCGGGGGUGUGGACCAUGUUUAAGGAUUGCCCCAGCAUUCAGUUCUAUGAGUAAUAAGUAUCCGCAGGCAGUUUUCUUGGAAGUAGAUGUGCAUCAGUGUCAGGGAACAGCUGCCACCAACAAUAUAUCAGCAACACCCACAUUUUUGUUUUUCCGAAACAAAGUAAGAAUUGAUCAAUAUCAAGGAGCAGAUGCUGUGGGAUUAGAAGAAAAAAUCAAGCAGCACUUGGAAAAUGACCCUGGAAGCAACGAGGACACAGAUAUCCCAAAAGGCUAUAUGGAUUUAAUGCCUUUUAUUAAUAAAGCUGGCUGUGAAUGUCUUAAUGAAAGUGAUGAACAUGGAUUUGACAACUGUUUACGAAAAGACAUGACCUUCUUGGAGUCUGAUUGUGAUGAACAGCUGCUUAUUACUGUGGCAUUCAAUCAACCUGUUAAGCUUUACUCAAUGAAGUUUCAAGGACCAGAUAACGGUCAGGGUCCUAAAUAUGUAAAAAUUUUCAUCAAUUUACCCCGAUCGAUGGAUUUUGAAGAGGCGGAAAGGAGUGAACCAACUCAAGCUCUGGAACUCACAGAGGAUGAUAUUAAAGAAGAUGGCAUUGUCCCACUUCGUUAUGUCAAGUUUCAGAAUGUUAACAGUGUAACUAUAUUUGUUCAGUCCAAUCAAGGUGAAGAAGAAACAACAAGAAUUUCAUAUUUUACUUUUAUUGGUACUCCAGUCCAGGCAACAAAUAUGAAUGACUUCAAACGAGUAGUUGGCAAAAAAGGAGAAAGCCACUAAGAUAUGAAAGAUACUGGAAGACCAUAUUGCGAUCAGAUCUACAGCUCCUGGAGAAUUGCUUGACUCUCAACAGAGACUGUCAAUGUUCCAUUCAUUGCCAUUACCAGUAAAUCAUUGCUUUUGUUCAGAUGUUAUCACUAGUGUUUCUGUUGUAAUCUUGGUACAUGCAAUUGUAAAUAAAAGUCACUACUUUUGCCAAGCUUAAAAUAAUAAUAA